CAACAACAAAAUCUAUGCAUAUAAAAAAGCUUAUUAUUCAAGGGUUUAAGUCUUACAAAGAUUAUACUGUUAUAGAACCAGUCAGUCCUCAUCACAAUGUGAUCGUGGGAAGGAAUGGUUCAGGAAAAAGUAACUUCUUUGCUGCUAUUCGCUUUGUCCUGGGCGAUGAUUACACGCAUUUAUCACGUGAAGAAAGGCAAGCUCUCUUACAUGAAGGUCCUGGUUCAGCUGUAAUGAGCGCGUAUGUUGAGGUUACAUUCGAAAAUUCUGAUAAUCGCUUUCCCACUGGGAAAGGUGAAGUUGUUUUACGUCGAACCAUUGGUCUUAAAAAGGAUGAAUACUCCUUGGAUAGGAAAACAGUGAACAAAAAUGAAGUAAUUAAUCUUUUAGAGUCUGCUGGAUUUUCGCGUUCGAACCCAUACUAUAUUGUUCCCCAAGGUCGAGUAACUUCACUUACGAACGCCAAAGAUUCUGAGCGUUUGGAACUUCUUAAAGAAGUUGCAGGAACGCAGAUUUACGAAAGUAGACGCGCCGAAUCCAACAAGAUUAUGACAGAGACGGUCCUCAAAUCUGAGAAAAUUGACGAAUUAUUAGAGUAUAUUGAAGAAAGAUUACAUGAACUUGAAGAAGAAAAGAAUGAACUCGCUGUUUAUCAUAAAAAAGACAAUGAACGGAGGUGUUUGGAAUAUGCGAUUUAUUCUCGGGAACAUGAUGAAAUCAAUGCCGUCUUGGAUGCUCUAGAACAAGAUCGCACUAGCACGCUUCAAAAAAAUGAGAUAGACUCUGGAGCGUUUAUUGAGAGAGAGACGCGUAUCGAGCAAAUCAAAGGUGAAAUCACCGAACUAAAGAAUUCUGUCAAUUUGCUUCGGCUCGAAAAACAACAGAAUGACGAAGAUUACACAAACCUUAUCAAGUCUAAAGCAGCUGUGGAUUUGCAAUUUCAGCAAUUGCUGCGUCAAAUUGAAUUUUCUAAAGAGGAUGAGACUUCAAAGGUUGAAAUGCUUCAGUCGUUGGAAUCUGAAAUCCAUGAUAAAGAAUCAGAAUUGACGAACAUUAUCCCUCAGUACAAUGAAAUUAUUUCUCAAGUUGAUCUCUUAAAUCAACAGAUACUAUCUUUACAAAACCAGCGAAGAACCAUUCUAGACAAACAAUCAAGAAUAUCCCAGUUUGCUACAAGAGAAGAACGCGAUAUUUGGAUAAAGGCCCAAAUAGAAGAGAUUUCUUCAAGUAUCAAGACCCAAAAUCAACGGAUUCAAGAAUUAAAUAUUGAAUUAGAGAAUGUUUCUGCAGCAUUGGAUGCGAAAGCUUUUCGUAAACAAGAGAUUCAAUCAGCACUUUCGUCUAGAGGCGAACUUACCGCUGGAGCAAUGGCUAAGGUUUCUUCAAUUAACGAACAAAAAGAGAAUCUAAUUGAUAGACGAAAAGAACUCUGGAGGGAAGAGGCUAAGCUAAAAUCCAUGACUGAAAGUAUCAAAGACGAUCUUUCACAAUCUGAAAAAAGCAUGAGUACGACCAUGGAUAGAAACACUAGUAAUGGUUUAAAGUCUGUUAAGGAAAUUGCAGAACGCUUAAAACUGACUGGUUGCUAUGGUCCCUUAUGCGAUCUUUUUAGCGUUGAUAACCGGUUUAAAACAGCUGUGGAAGCAACCGCAGGAAAUAGUUUGUUCCAUGUUGUCGUUGAUUCGGACUCUACAGCCGAUCAGAUUUUACAGGUAAUGUAUAAACAAAAUGCUGGAAGAGUCACAUUCAUGCCUUUAAAUAGGCUUCAUCCAAGACCAGUAAGUUAUCCUGACGCCAGUGAUGCUUUACCUUUGCUUAAUUUUCUUGAGUACGACACAAAAUAUCAACCCGCUUUUCAACAAGUAUUCUCUAAGACUAUUGUAUGUCCUUCUAUUGAGGUUGCAUCACAGUAUGCUAGAUCACAUCAACUGAACGGAAUAACUUUAAGUGGUGACCGUUCUGACAAGAAAGGUGCCUUAUCUGGUGGUUAUCGUGAUUAUAAAAACUCUCGUUUAGAUGCCCUUAAAAAUGUCAAAAAAUAUCAGAAACGACUUGUUGAUAUUCAAACGAAUCUUGAAAGAGUCACUACUCAAAUCGAUUCAGUUGAUCAAGAAAUAACUAUUUGCUUAAAUGAGUUGCAAAAAGCAGAGUUUGAAUUCAAGCAGCUGGAACGUGAUCAUGCUCCCCUUAAUUUAGAACAAGUGUCUAUAACGCAAGAGGAAGCAGAAGUUCAAGGCUCUCAUCGUAGAAAGGUUCAUGAUCUACAUUUGGCAAAAUUAGAACUCCAAACCUCAGAGCAGCAAUUGAAAGAUUUUGAAGAAGAACUUCAGUCAGACAUGGUAGAAAUGGAUCCUAGGGAUAUGAAAAGACUUAAACAUUUGGAAACUCAAAUUGAGCAAUUGUCUGUUGAUUACAAUGAUAUAAAUACUAAACGAGUCGAAAUUGAGUCCCAAAAGGUUAAUCUUGAAUAUCAGUUGAAUACGAAUCUUUAUUUAAGACGUGAUCCCCUGAAGGUACAACUCGGUAUGGAUAAUCUUGUUGAUGAAUCCGAACUCUCCAGUGUUAAGAAAACUCUCGAAAAACACGAGGCAAAGCUUCAUAAACUUGAAGAUGCAUCUCAAAAACUUGAAAAUCAAAUCCAAAACCUGGUUAAUGACUUGCAAGCCGAGGAGAAGGAACAGGAGACAUUGGAAGAAUUACAGCAUGAAGCAGCAGCAAAAAUAGAACACGAGUCGAAAGUAAAUGAGAGAAAUGCUGCUAAAAGGAGCCUUUUACUUGCUCGUAAGAAGGAAUGUAACGAAAAUAUUAAGUCACUUGGUGUUUUACCCGAAGAAGCUUUCGUUAAAUACGUUUCCACUAGUUCAAAUGCUAUAGUAAAAAAAUUACACAAGGUUAAUGAGGCUUUGAAAGAAUAUGGAAGCGUUAAUAAGAAGGCAUAUGAGCAAUACAACAACUUUACAAAACAGCGUGAUUCCCUAAUUGCUAGAAGAGAAGAGUUAAGAAGGUCUCAGGAUUCUAUUAAUGAGCUUACAAUGGUACUAGAUCAGCGAAAAGAUGAAGCCAUAGAGCGCACUUUCAAGCAGGUAGCAAAGAACUUUUCUGAAAUUUUUGAAAAGCUCGUUCCUGCUGGACGCGGUGAAUUGGUUAUGAAUAAACGAAGCGAACUCAGUCAGAGUUCUGAACAAGAAAAUACAAUGGACAUCGAUAACCAAGCAGCUCAGAAAAGUUCAAUCGAUAAUUAUACAGGCGUUGGUAUCCGUGUAUCCUUUAAUAGUAAAGAUGAUGAACAGCUAAGCAUUCAUCAACUCAGUGGAGGUCAAAAGUCUCUGUGUGCUUUAGCUUUAAUUUUUGCGAUUCAGCGAUGUGAUCCUGCACCUUUUAAUAUUCUCGACGAAUGUGAUGCAAAUUUAGAUGCUCAAUACCGGUCUGCAUUGGCGUCUAUGGUAAAGGAAAUGUCUAAAACAAGCCAAUUUAUAUGCACAACUUUCCGACCUGAAAUGGUUAAAGCUGCUGACACGUUUUAUGGUGUUAUGUUCAAUCAUAAGGUUUCAACAGUCGAAACAAUUUCCAAAGAUGAAGCUAUGAAGUUUGUUGAAGGAUAAAGGAUUGUUAUUAUGCUCCGUUAACUUGUUAACUUAACUUAUUUUAUACAUAAAUUGAUGACGCUCUAAUGUUUACUCUUGAGUAAUUUUCAUUUGCAAGAGUUGGGUCUCCUACUUUAAACUAUUAAUAUAAAUGAUUUAUUUAAGGUAAUACGUAUAUAUGAGUUUAAUUUACUUUUUAUAAUAUGGUUUAUAAG